AUGCGUCGAAGAAAAUUAGCUACGAAGGUAGAAAGUCAUUUAAUCGAAGAAUUAGAAGAGAAAAUAAGAAGACUGGAGAGGAAGAUAGAAGAAAGAUCCCGAUCAAGGUCGGCGUCCCCUCGCCGCCAUGGCGGGUAUGGUCGACCACGCUAUUUUACAAGAUCUAGUUCAAGAUCCGAAACAUACUCCAGGUCCGCCUCAUAUUCGAGGUCACCAUCUCCGCCUGCGGCGUCGAGAAGCAGAAGCAGGUCUCCAUUGAUUGUCAUUGAGACUAGAGAUGACCUCCCCGGUGAUCUCGGUGCAGCGAUUGAAGCGUCGAAAAUUGAAAAUGGCGGAAAGGAAGGAGGUACAACAGCAAGUGAAGAGUUAAGCGAAGAAAUUGUAGCCUUACUUGGUGAAGCACCGGAGAAGAUUGUGUUUAGCCCUAACCUUCUGGAGCAGCUUGCUUCUCGUUGGCAAGAUAUUAUUAAGAAAGGAUUAAACAAGGAAGAAAGGGACAAACUAAUAAAAAAGUAUCCGGUUCCGGAAAACUGUAAAGUAAUUGGUGCCCCAAAAAUGAAUUUGGAAGCCCAGAGUGCCGCCGGAGAUACUCUUGUUAACAGGGAUAAGGCCAUAGAACAGAAACAAACUGAAGUCUCUUGUGCACUAACCGCUAUUGGUUUGGCCCUUAACAAAUUGUGUGUUGCUGGUAACGAAGAAAUCAUAACCUUGUUGAGUGACUCUGGUCGUCUCUUGUGCGACUACCAACACAGGGAGUCACAACUUAGAAAGAUGUUUAUAACUUCAGGUCUCGACAACAAGACAGCACGUGAGACAUUAAAAGACUGCGACGUGGACCAAUGGCUUUUCGGAGAAAACUUAGCCGAAAAAUUAAAGGCUUCAAAAGCCAUUGAACAAAAAGACCCAAGAAAGCAGCGAAUAAUUUAA